ACGUUCCCUUUAAUACCUGUGUGGGUUUACAAUCAUACAUGGAAGUAAAAUUUGAAUCGCUGAGUGAUCAUUUUAUCCUCCAUACCCGUAUACUCGCACGCUCUGGUGCACUACAAUACAGGAGUGUGGCUGUCAUCCUUCAAGGUUACCCGGUCCUUGUAACUCGCCAUUUUUGUACGUAAUGCUAUAUUUGGGAUAAAACAACAUGACCGACUGGGCCAUACCAAUUGUAAUCUGGCCCGUGAUUGGAACUUUUCUAGGAGCUGUCCUUUCCUGGCUGUUUUACAGGAAGCUCACACGGAAAGCCAUUCCUAUCAAAGAGGGCUGCCUUAACAGGUUUGAGCUGGUGGAUGGUGUGACCUUGUUUGACAACGACCACAGUGAAUGUUGCCGCCGGGUCAGGAUCGCCCUUCUCGAGAAACACAUAACGUUCACUAAGAUAAAUAUAGACCUUGCUAUUGGGGAACAAUAUACAGAGGAGUAUCUUGCAAUCAACCCCAACGGAAAAGUACCUGCUGUAUGUAUAAGGAACGUUCAGGAUGUUCCCGACUGUACAUUGUACGAGUCCAACGUCAUCAUCGAGUUUCUGGACACGAUGUUCCCAGGAACGAGCCUGUUCCCAAAUGAUCCUUGGAAGCGCACCUGUGUUCGGAUGUGGCAGGAAUGGGAACAGCAAAUGGUGCAGGACUACCUGGCGUUGUUCAAUCAGAACCUGUUCGGUUUCCUCACAAGACUGCUAUUCGGAUCAGUCAAAGUAUUGGAAGCAUCUUUCUGUCAGUCAAUCACCACGGAAACAAAAACAGUAUACAUGAGGUCCUGUGAUGGCACAUACAAGACAUCCGCCGAACUAGAACACCAUGCAUUCGCUUGUUAUAAAAUGUUAUUCAUGCUCGAGAAAGAGUUGGAUGGCAGGCAAUAUUUGGUCGGGGAUAGCUUAUCAGCAGCAGACCUCGCCGUGUUUCCACGGAUAAGUAUGCUUCCUUUGAUUGGCCUUCCUGUUCCACAAGAUACAUUUCCAAACGUCACUAGGUACGUACAGGAACUUAAGACAAGAGAGGCCUUUGCCAAGAGCGAGGAAGUGGAUACCCAGCGCUUCAGUUACUUCUUUGCAAACUUUGAGCGUUUGUUCGUUUGGAUCAGUAACAUUCGGAGUGGUGGCAAACAUUCCCGUUUUAAUGGAGGUGCUGCUCUGUCCAGAGCAUCAUCAUUGUACAAGGAUGUGUCUGAGUAUGACGAAGUGUUGGAUAGGACAACUAACGUUAGAACACUCACGGAGGUUUCCUUCUCAGCCGAAAACUGGCAGAGCACUCUACUGAUGAUGGAGAAGGAGAUGUCGUUUCGACUAGCACAUGGUGAUGUACUCGACCUGAUAGGACGUUCCAGUGGCUGUAAUAGGCUACAAUGCCUGAAUGAGGGCAACUGGACAGUGUAUGGACAGAUGUCUACACUCGAAUAUAUCGACUGGACUGGUUCGGGACAAAGUUUUGUGCCAACAGAUCCGUUGAAGAAGGCAUACGUUCAGUGUUGGCAGGCCUGGGAACAGGCUAUAUAUGUGUCCGAUAUAUAUCCCCUCAUUGAAAACAAAAUUCUGUCUCAAGUACUGGUAACAAGGUACAAGGAUCAUAUCGAUUCGUUAAUGCAGUUGGAGUGUUCCCCUACCCACGCCGACAGAUUUCCGGUUAUAGUCAAGUGCUUCUUAUCGGGAAUGAGGACCUCGGAUCACCAGGUGACCGACAUGUUAACUAAAUACAGUUCCUCAGGAAUUCCAUCUCCGGAGGAGCAGGGGGAAUCAAACGAGAGCCACCGGGAGAAUAUCUUUAAACGAAUAGAUUAUCUAGAAAACAUGUUAAAGACACGUGUGUACCUGAUUGGGGACGAGGUGACACUAGCGGAUAUGUGCGUGUUCUGUAGGCUCCAACACUUGACUCUCCUUCAUAUAGACAUAACUGUCGAGAGGUAUCCGUCUGUCUCUAAAUGGAUGGCCAAACUGACGGAGAGGCCGGGGUUUUUCGCCAUAGCUGCAUCCGCCAAAUUACCUCCUCAACUGUAAAACGUGAGCGCUUCCGGGCUUCGUGGAACAGCUGGAUGAAGUCAUUGUUAUUUACGAUGAUAUAUUAAUGUGUAUCUAAUGUAAUGUGCUCAAAAUUUAUAUUAACAGUUAUUUUAUCACUUUACAAAUCUGCAAUAUUUAUACACCGGUCCUAUGUAUUUUCUAUUAUAAAAACACAUUAAAUGUGUAAAAACAUUACUCCUUGAUGUGGGUUCCGCCAAGAUUUGGAGAUUGAAUGAACGAGUGAAUGAUUCCAUAUGUUUGUAUGUACUAAUUAUUAAAAUAUGCCAAAGUGA